AUGGUAGAAAACUCAUCGAGUGAUAAUUCAAUAAGGCCAAUUCCAGCAAUACCUAUGGACCUACCCGAUUAUGAAGCGCUGCCUACCCACGCGCCACUGUAUUAUCAACUUAUAGCAGGUGCAUUCGCUGGUAUUAUGGAACAUUCAGUGAUGUUUCCUAUAGAUGCCCUUAAGACGCGAAUACAAUCAGCCAACGCGAAAUCGCUGUCCGCCAAGAAUAUGCUCUCACAAAUAUCUCAUAUAUCUACUUCAGAGGGAACUCUAGCCCUAUGGAAAGGUGUUCAAUCCGUCAUACUAGGUGCGGGACCCGCACAUGCAGUGUAUUUUGGUACGUAUGAGUUCUGCAAAAAAAAUCUUAUCGACUCGAGUGAUACGCAGACACAUCAUCCUUUUAAGACAGCGAUUAGUGGCGCCUGUGCCACAACGGCGUCUGACGCAUUAAUGAACCCAUUCGAUACAAUAAAACAAAGAAUCCAACUUAACACCUCCGCAUCAGUAUGGCAAACCACUAAGCAGAUAUACCAAUCUGAAGGUUUGGCAGCAUUUUAUUAUUCUUACCCAACCACCCUAGUAAUGAACAUCCCAUUUGCAGCAUUUAAUUUCGUCAUAUAUGAAUCAUCCACAAAAAUUUUUAACCCAUCAAACGAGUACAACCCCCUAAUACAUUGUCUGUGUGGCAGUAUCAGCGGAUCGACAUGUGCGGCAAUCACGACACCUUUGGACUGCAUAAAGACGGUACUGCAGAUAAGGGGCAGUCAAACAGUUUCGUUAGAAAUUAUGAGAAAGGCGGAUACUUUCAGUAAGGCAGCCAGUGCCAUAUAUCAAGUUUAUGGCUGGAAAGGAUUUUGGAGAGGGUGGAAACCAAGGAUAGUGGCAAACAUGCCGGCUACCGCUAUAUCAUGGACAGCUUAUGAAUGUGCAAAACAUUUCCUAAUGACGUAUUAG